AUCAAAUUAAUUACCGGUCGAACUUAAUUGAAUUGGUUAAAGUAAAAGAGAAAUAAGCGCUCCUAGCUGUGAUGGCGAAAAUGGAAUUAGAAGUGGUCAAGACCAUCUUGCUUGCAAAGCAGCAGCUGCCUGAAGGUUAUCCGACUACCGAUUCUCCAUUGGAGAUAGAGAAGUACCAGAAGUCUCAGGGAAGCAUCAUGCCAAAGGGGACAAGAGAUUGUUGCAAAGACAUCUGCGCCGCCAUCUAUCACUUUAUCGGAAAAAUUGGUGAGCGCUGCUGCUUCUGCUGCUUAUAAGUAAAUGGAUAAAGUUCAAACAAUAAGUUGUUGGUGAUGUCCACUUGGAUGAAGUACCUAUAACAUACAUCGGGGUAUAAGAUGUUUUCCCUCUAUCUACAUGAAUACUCAUUUUCAAGUAAUUGAAUAUUCAUUUCCGAAUAACUGAAUACUCAUUUU